AUGAGACGAUACGAUGACCCGAAAAUCAUUUGUCCCUUCGACAAGAGCCAUAUCAUGCCAUCAAUUAGAUUUACCUGGCAUAUGAAGAAGUGCAAGGACCAAUAUCUGGUAAAGAAUCCAACCUCAACAGUUUGGCACUGCAAGUACCACUAUCUGCACAUUUACUUUGAUGAGAAUGUGUUGAAGCAACAUUACACUGAGUGUGAACAUCAUCCUGACAAGAUCAAAGCUAAGAAUGAGCAGACUAUCAAGGAUUGGUAGCAGCUCAGAAUCACUGAGGACAAUAAUCAGCAGAAUCAGGAUGAGGAGGAAGUCAAGAGCUAUGAAGUCAAGAAAAACUCAGAGGAUGCUGAGGUCAGCCUGAUCUAAGUAUCCAAGACUAUAGAGAUUACUCUGAUUCAAGGUGGGGCAAUCAAGACCAGAAACUCUGACAUAGCGAUUGAUCCUCGCUCUAAAUCUAUCAAGAAGCACUAUAGACACUCAAUGAAUGACAAGGAGAAUGCAGACCCAGUCGGUAAGAAAAACUCUCCUCUGACUCCCCACAAAUCAAGUAAGAAAAUGAAGAUGCAGAGCAAAUCAGCCAAUAAAUUUGAGACCAAGUGA